CACACACACACACACACACAAUUCAAUGACCUGAGAGCGUUUUUGAUCAGCGGAUGAAACCAGCGUGAGAAACGAUGAACCGCUACACCACCUUAAAGCAGCUGGGUGACGGCACUUACGGCAGCGUGCUGAUGGGGAGAAGCAAUGAAUCUGGAGAACUUGUUGCGAUUAAAAGAAUGAAAAGGAAGUUUUAUUCGUGGGAGGAAUGUAUGAACCUAAGAGAGGUGAAGUCGCUGAAGAAGCUGAACCAUGCCAAUGUCGUGAAGUUAAAGGAAGUCAUCAGGGAGAACGAUCAUCUGUACUUUGUUUUUGAAUACAUGAAGGAGAACCUCUAUCAGCUCAUGAAGGACAGAGAGAAUAAGAUGUUCUCAGAGAAUGAACUUAGGAACAUCAUGUUUCAAGUGUUAGCUGGCUUGGCUUUUGUACAUAAGCAUGGUUUCUUCCACCGAGACAUGAAGCCAGAAAAUCUCUUGUGCAUGGGCCCAGAGCUGGUCAAAAUAGCAGAUUUUGGACUGGCUCGGGAGAUCCGCUCCAAGCCUCCCUAUACUGACUACGUGUCGACAAGAUGGUACCGAGCACCGGAGGUUCUGCUCAGGUCAUCUACUUACAGCUCUCCGGUUGACUUGUGGGCUGUAGGAUGCAUCAUGGCCGAACUCUACACACUCAGGCCUCUUUUCCCGGGGAACAGUGAAGUGGACGAGAUUUUCAAGAUCUGCCAAGUCCUGGGCACUGUGAAGAAGCUGGAUUGGCCUGAGGGCUACAAACUGGCUUCAGCCAUGAACUUUCGCUUCCCUCAAUGUGUGCCGACGCCACUGAAGACGCUCGUCCCCAAUGCUAGCAGAGAGGCCAUUAGCCUGAUGAAGGACCUGCUGCAGUGGGAUCCCAAAAAACGACCCACCGCUGUCCAGGCCCUGCGAUACCCGUAUUUCCAGGUCGGACAGGUCUUGGGUCCUCGUCCUCACAGCCAAGAGGCCAAGAAGAUCCAGGCCCGACAAAUAAUUCAGAAGCCGGCCUCAGAGAUGGACCCCGAGCAGUCCUGUUCUCGGGCCAAAGCUACCCAGCAGCCUCUGCAGCAAAUCUGCCGACCUCAAGCUAAAGCAGCAUCGGUGGGCAACGAAAACAACCUUGGUCCAGGUGGAGCGGGCGCGGUGAAGAACGGGAGACGCCGCUGGGGCCAGGCGGCUGUCAAGACAUCAGACAGCUCGGAUGAUCCCGAUCCAUCAGGCACGGUCGCUUCUCACUCCAAGAAGCCCAGUUUGGGCAACUCGGAGGAGGAGAGGAACUCAAAUCAACUUUGGCCGCGGGCCAGGGAUCAUCAGCCUCUGUAUUCCUUCAGGACAAUUACAAAACUACCUCACAAUAUUAAGGUUGGUCCAGUGGAGCCCAAUCUCCCAGGAUCUGCGGCGCGCCAGCAUUACCUCAGCCAAUCCAGAUACCUGCCUGGUUUGAUCGGCAAGACUCAGGCAACGUCAGGAGAAAAGGCGCUGAGCGGCAUGACGUUACGGGACUUGUGGGAGAACUCUUCCGACACCGUAAACAAGACUUUUGUUCCCAUGGGAGCGGGAUUCGCCGUCAACAGAGCCAACCCAGGGAACUUUGUGACCACCAAGUAUAACCUGUCCGCUGCUUACAUCCCUUCGCUACAAAAGAAAGAGGUCGGCGCCGUGGGACAGAGGAUCCAGCUAGCUCCUUUAGCAAGCCAUCACACAGUCAAUCCUUCCUCUUCUCCCAAAAUUAAAAAAGACCGAGCAAAAUGUUCAAAACCAAAGUCCAUCUCCUCUUUAAGUGAAACCAAUGAAGAUUACGAGGCUUGGAAGACGAGGACAGACAGAAAUCAGGUGGUGAAAGGGAGCAACUACUCUGCUCUGGGGAAGACUUCGGGGAACCACAUGACCAGAGCUCCCGCCGUCCAGCCGGUCCACGGCAGGGUGGACUGGACUUCCAAGUAUGGUGGAAAUCGGUAGUUGGGGGCAGGAGGUGAUUCGUCUUCCGCGGGUUGUCGGCCAAAUUGCUGAAAAAUAAGCAGUCAGAAGAAGCUUGAAUGCGAUCCCCUCCCCCCGCCUCCCAAAUGGCCGGCAAGAGCCAAUUCUCU